GAUACAUGUCAAAAACACCAUUGCUGUUGAUAACUGCUGCUGAAAGGAGUGAAACUGCUCUCCAUCAGCCCUGAAGAGUGAAAAAAGAAACAUUGAGGGAAACAUGGAGAUCUAGGAGAAUUUCGAGGGGAAAAACAUCGGAAGUAAACAAAAUGAGUGGUCAGCUGAGCAUAACAGUGAGACCGGAGUCACGUCUCGAUGCAAAGUGGUUGAAAACCGAUCUCCAGAGGUUUUUGUGUCGAGAUGGACUCGCUGAAUUGUGGAAUGGAAUGGUUAGGGAUGGGGAAAUCGUCGGGAGCUUCAGCGAUGGACUCAUCAAUGCUGCUGGAGUCAUCUCGAGGAAAGGGGACAGUGGUCACUACUACUGCAACCUGCGAGUCCUCUCGUGCCUCUGCUGCGACGGGAUCUGCGGUCCGCAGAGUGGCUGCAACUGCGGGCCCUGUCAGAAGCUCGACGAGGAGGAGGCAGCGCUGGACGAGGAGAUGGCAGCAGCCCUGGUGCGAGCCACGGAGAAGUCGUUCCCCCUAGCCCACACAACAAUGGACUCGUGGUUGUGGAGCACAAAGCCCUCGAGAUCCGACUGGGAGGCGAGCACCGAGGCUUUAAUAAGAGACCAGACGGUCCUGUGCAACGAAGUAGCGAACAGCACGCUCUCAGCGACGAGAUUGCGCCAGCGCCUGGUGAUAGCGAGGCGAUACUUCACAGCCCUGUCUCGGCACAAGCCGCAGGAGGAGAAGAAGCCCCUGACAAACAUCGACACAGCCCUGAGCACGAGCUGCAAGCCCUCCAGCGCCAGCCUGAAGCCUCCAAAGCUGUCGGUGAAGCCCUCUGAACGAGCGGCCGUGGGUCUAGCAAGAGUUGGCACGAGAGCAGCCUUGAACUUCUCGUUCGCCUACUUGAGGAGGGCCUGGCGAUCCGGGGAGGACGUGGAAUUCUGCAGUGAGAUCCUCUCGGACUCCCUGGAGACCCUCCAGUCCCUGCCGGAGGCCACUCUCUUCGAGGAGAACAACGUCUCCCAGGUCUGGCUGGAAGUGGUGGAGAAAUCCGCAAAAUUCCUUCGUCAGGUUGUCACUGGCGACGUCGCCCAGCUGACAGCCACCACCACUGCCACCCCCUGGGGUCCAGUUCCAGUUUCUGAUCAGCACACUGCUCUCUGCCUGCUCCUGGAGCUCGUCGCGCAGCGAGCCACCCUCUCCAGCCUCCUCGACUCUGUUAUUCUCCUUCUACACUUGAGUGAGAAGACCAUCAAUCAGGACAAUCGAGUCAUUCCACCGGCUUCAGGGAGCUGCGCACCUCUGGUCCCUCUUCUGAGGAGGCUCAACUCUGUGGCAGCUACCAAGUCUCGGAGACCUGCUGGGAACGAGGGCAGGCUGAACCCAGGACCCUGCGAGGUACUUCUGAAGUAUCUGGUGCUCCCUGAGGAUGAUGCUGUCCCUGUGGACCUUCGCAAGGCCGCUGUCGUCGUCAUGUGCAAUUUGUCGCGUCUUGCGAGCCCUCAUAUGCCCCCUCUCAACAACUCCAGCUGCUCCGGCAGUGGGACUAAUGCUUUUUUGAAGAACCAGACGACCCAGACGACUUUUCAGGAGGUCGUCGCCUGGGGGGGAGUCAAAUUCGGGAAUGGAACGUCGCCUUUUUACUGUGAUGCCAUUGCUGAGCUCGGGGUCAGGCAGCUCUGCUGCACAGAACGGGCUCUCAUGAUUCUCACGCAGAGUGGGAAGGUCUACAUGAUGCAUUAUGGGUCCGAGACCCAGUAUCCGCAGAAGGUCGAGUUUGGGGUGGUCAAGAAAAACACUGUGAUAAGCAUGAUUGCUUCCCAUCCGGAUGGGAAGCAUUAUCUCGCGCUUACCGAGGAGGGAGUCACGUACUCGUGGGGGAAUGGCGAUGGGGGGAGACUCGGGCAUGGCAACACCACGUCUUAUGAUAAUCCUAAGGUGAUAGAGGGACUUGCGGACAAAUCGGUGACAUUCAUCGCCUGCGGUAGCACCUACUCCGCAGCUCUGACAGCCACUGGUGAGCUCUUCACCUGGGGAAGAGGGAACUACGGGCGCCUGGGGCACGGCACCUGCGACGACGUGGUGACGCCGACGCUGGUGACAGCGCUGAACGGCCACGUCGUGGUGUACGUGGCCUGCGGCAGUGGAGACUCCCAAACCCUCUGCGUCACAGCAUCGGGGAUCGUCUUCUCCUGGGGGGACGGUGACUACGGAAAGCUGGGGCGCGGGGGUUCUGACGGCUCGAAAAUCCCGAAGAUUGUGGACAAGCUCCUGGACGUCAACGUCAUCAAGGUCUACUGCGGUGGGCAGUUCUCGGCAGCCCUCACAGCUCAGGGGGAGAUUUACACCUGGGGGAAGGGGAGUGCCUACCGCCUGGGGCACGGCAACGAGGACCACGUGCGAUACCCGAAGAUGGUGGAGUCCCUGAAGCUGAAAGGGAAAAAAGUGAAGGAGCUCUCAGUGGGGAGUGUCCUGGUGCUGGCCCUCACCGAGGACCAGGAAGUCUACGGCUGGGGGAGGAACGAUUACGGGCAGAUAGACCCAGCCCUGGGGUUCACACUGUCCGAGCCUUCGCUCUGCACAGCCCUGACCGGAAAAAACGUCAUUGGAAUCGUCUGCGGGCCCACCCAGAGCUUCGCCUGGUCGUUGUCCACGUGGUCGGUGGCCACCAGAGUCCCCUUCGUCGUGGACAUCUGCGAGAAGACGUUCAAACUUCUCGACAUGCUGCUGACGAAGUCCUGCGAGGGCCUCCCUGGGACCAGACCCCCCACGCAGGACAGGGAGUGCCUGGCUGUUGCUACCCUGAACCUCCUGAGGCUGCAGCUGCACGCCAUGAUCUCCCACGGGAUCGAUCCCAAGUCGGUGGGGCUGGCCGGGGGGAACAGCCUCCUGAACUCGUUGAAGCACAGGUGUGUCGCCCUCGCCAGUGAAGCUGGCAUCCUCGCCACCAUCCAGGAUGCUGCUCAGGCUCUUCUGCAAACUGGCUGGAGUAUUCUCCUGCCAACCGCUAAUGAGAGGGCCAAGACCCUCUCCAGCUUUCUCCCGAACUCCAGCCACAGCUUCAAGUCCCUCAGCGGUAAUCACCUCCACAAUUCCAGUAAUAAACAUCACCACAACAACCACAAUCACGCCAUCAGCAACAACAACACCAGUGACAGCAGCAACAGGGGACAGCAGUUCAUGGCUGAUCUCCUGGUGUCGAGCCUGAUGGCAGAUGGGGGACUGGAGUACGCCCUGAAGGCCGCCAUCAGAGCCGAGAUCACAGACAUCUCCGACGAGAAGGAGUCGAUAGUGUCGUCGAACUCAACGACCGAAUUCAAGAACGAGACGAAGGAGUCCAAGGAGUUCAGCUCGGAAAAACACAGCAUGACGAUUUCCCUCGUUCAGCUGGUGAAGCAGUUGAUAAAGAAUGGCACCUGCAUCACGCAGGCCAGGCUGGAGGCCCUGGAGGUGGCCAAGGGAGGGAGGAAGAACGAGGAGAGCCAGAGGCUCGACAACUCCCCCAGCACGAACCUUCUGCUUCGGUGGCAGCGGCUCCUGAUUGCCCAGAUCUACCAGUGCGUCAACAAAACGAGGAACGAUCAGGACCCCCAGGACCCUGAGACCAUCGGCUCGCAGUCUCUCCUUCAGAAGUACAUUAUUCAAAUCUGCAAUCACGUGAAUGAUGUCCUGCCGAGGGCCUGCGAGAUCGCUGCCACCAGCAGCAAAAAUUUUGUUCUAGUCACUAUGAUAUUGAAGAGUGAUAUCGUCGCUAUUUUACUACCGGAACUGGUGAUCUGCCUGAUUCUCCUGCAGGUGGACAAUUCCCUGCUGCUUCAUGGAAUGAAUUGGAUGGAGAUUCUGGCUCCAGUGCUGGAUAUUCUGGAUCAGUUCAACAGACUCGCCCCCACUUUCGAGAAGGACGACGCCGACGACCUCUCCUGGCCGGGGAUCAUCGCCCCUCAGCAGGGGAACACCUCCAGACAGGCCCUGUCGAUCCCUGAGGAGCCGGCCCUCAUCAGGUGGGCCGAUCUGGAGAACCACAAUCGAGACGGUGGCCUCUGGAUCGUCGUCAACAACAACGUCUACGACGUCCAGGACUUCUGCCAGGAGGGACGUGACAGCUCGUCCUCAUCCUCUUUGUCGUCUUCCCUCGUGCAGGGGAGGGAGGCUGAGGGCGUUCGUUUCGACGGCAGCAAGGACAUCUCCAAUACCAAGAAGACGAUAUCACAGCUGAAUUCUGGGGUCAUGGAGUCCUGCUUCGUGGGGUACUACUGCCAGUCCGAGCCUGACUGCACGCAGUUCACGAUUGAGAUUAUGGACGUCUGCUCGUCGCUUCUGGACGUCGAGAGGGCCCUGAGCUUUCUCCUGGGGCUGCACGCCCACUGGAUGCGCAGGAGUCUGGCUCUGCUGCCUGCCGAGGAGGAGGCGGGGGUCUGGCUGAACGCCACCUUCCUCAGGGGAGGCCUCCAGGUGCUGCAGCCCUCCAAUCCUUACGAGGAGGAGAAGGACGAGGCCAAGAGUAAUCACUCAACGGCAGCUAAUUCACCCACUGAGCCUGGGAUUCCUCUCUCUGGGGCUGUGGGAGUCACCAGUGGCGUCACCACAGCCACCAGCAUCACCACGAACACGAGCUCAUCUGGGAAUCCUGGAGGGGCGCCUGGGGGGAAGGACAAGUUCCAGAACAAAGCGAAACCGAGUGAGUCCAGGGUGACGGCCUUCCUCCAGGCCCUCGCCGAGGGCCACAGGACUGACGACUACGUCCAGAGCUUCCUGAAGAUGGUGGAGAAGUACAGCAAGGCCAAUAAUCUGCUCUCCCACGUGGAUUUCUACGGGGACCACCCUGUGGAGGAGGUCGGGAGGCUCCUCAUGGCUGUCAUCAUCAAGCACCUCGCCCUGGGGUACCAGACGAUGGCCCUUGUCGAUCAAGAACUCACCGACGAUAACGCUAAACUCUCCAAACCCCUUGUUGACAUGGUCAAGCUCAUUCACCAGACCAAGUGGAAUCUCAUCAGGACCAGGCAGCAGCAGAACAAGAGCUACAAGGAGGUCUGCGCCCCUGUCCAGGAGAAGUGCAGGUUUCUCCUGUAUGAGGUGAGGCCUGCCACCAGCUACGAAGUCAUUGGGUACCAGGGGCUGAAGCUGCUGCACACUGUACCCAAGUUUAAGAGGGUUGUCCUCGGGGUCAUUGCUGACAACAGGAAGAAGAGGACGAAUGCACACGAGAUGGUGAAGAAGAAGAAGAAGGAGAACAGGGAGACUGGGAAGCUCGACGACAUCGUCAACACCUCCAUUCAGAACUCGAGACCUGCCAAGGACACGACUAUCUCGAGUCUUCCUGAGGAGAAGGAGCCCAAGUACUUUGAGGACAGGCAGACCAUGAGGAAUGUUGUUCUCCAGCUGCUGGACAAGCUGAACGCCAGGGCCCUGGGGGGUGACUCUGGGGAACUGAUGAACGAAGUCGUGAGCUUCGCUGUCUCGGAGGAUGGCGGGGGGAACAUCGUGGAGACCCUCAGGAGGGCGAUGUACUGCCAGAUCCAACGGGUGAAGAUGAGGGAGAGGGGGAUCAGGAUGAUUCUGGAGCUCCUCAAGAGGGAUUACCUCAUCACUUCUGUCAAGUACUCCUUGCUGAACGGCUGGCUGGGGCUCGUACCUGAGAGCAAGCGUCUCCAGGAUCGAGUUGUCACUCAUUGUUUGAGCAACAUUCAACUGGUGACGCCUUAUCAGAGGGCCAAUGUCAUCAUUUCGGAGGCCCAGGUCACCUGCUGGACGAUCCAGGCGCUGAGGGCCUACGUCAUCCAGGCGGAGCUUCCCAACAAGGACAAGGUCAGUGGGAAGAGCAGCCUGAACCAGGGCACCUACACCUGGCUGAGGAAGCUCCCGAGGGCCAGGUUCUUGCUGACGAUCAUUGGAAUGCUCACCAGUCAUCAUCACGCCAAUGAGAUUGGCCUGCUGGUGAACUCUGGCCUCAUCUCCAGUGUUCUGACUCUUCUACGACAGAUUGGGCCCACCCCCGUGGGCAUGAUGACCGAAUCCAUGAGGGUGAAGAGGCUCCAGAAGACGUCGAAUGUCUCUGCUAUUUACGAAGACGUUUUGCAGAAGAAUAAACCGCCUGCUGUCCAGCUGAGUGGCGCCGCCCUCGCGGCUCUCAUGAAGAUUGGGACGAGGGUGGUCAGGGGGGUGGACUGGAAGUGGGCGGAGCAGGAUGGUACCCCCCCUGGGGAGGGGAAGGUCAUCGGAGAGCUGGGGGACGAUGGGUGGAUCAGGGUCCAGUGGGACAAUGGCACCACCAACUCCUACAGAAUGGGAAAGGAGGGAAAGUACGAUCUGAAAUUGGCUGAGCCCCCGGCCCCUCCUGAGAGCGACUCCGACAGUGACUCUGGGUCGCCACCUGCCGAUGCCAGCAAGAAGGGGGAGGACGUCCUCCUGGGGAACCGAGAGUUUCAUCCCACUACUUACCUCAAGGGGGCCUCCACCAACCUCCUGAGGAUUAUUCUCCUGUCGUGUGGGGUGAAUGCCAACGGCGUCGACAGGACGGCCAUCAGGACUCUGGUCUCCAUCGUCAGGGGCAUCAUCUCCACGGCUAAUAAACCUGGGGGUCAUGGCAGCUCGAGUGCUGCUGAUCUCGCCAAGGAGCAUCACGACUCCUGGGCGACUCUGGGGCUGCUGAAGACCAUCGCCAACUCCCAGGUGUCCUUCUGCCAGGCCCUCAGCACCCCCGCCUGGAUCGACUUUCUCCUCAGCAUCAUCUCCGAGGAGUCUGAGGCCAGCCUCUCCAAGCAGAUCAUGGCCAUCAAGCUGCUGUUCGCUGUCCUCAAGUCCUGGCCUGAGAACGAGGGGGAGAUGACUCACCUGUUGGAGAAAUUGUUUAAAUUACUGGGGCAGAUUGGGCUGCACUGUGCUGCCAACACAGUGAAUUCCUCCGGGGAAGCCAUCGAUCUUCAUGCCACCAAGUGCAGGGUCUCCAUCACUGCCUCCCACAGCUCGACCCUCGCCGAAGAGAUGAUCCUCAUGAUUCGAGGGCUGCACCUGCUGCCAGGGUGGCAGCUCCCCCUCAACUGCUACCUCGCCUCGAAGCUGUCUCUGGCGUCGGAUCUGCUGAACGAUGGACCCCUCUUCCACAUAAGGAUGAACGAGAAUGGAGGGGAGCACAGCAUGGCCAUCCAGCAGACUGUGAUGGCAGCGCUGAUUGUCGUCGGGGGAUUGGACAAUCGCCCGAGGAUCGGGGGGACCGUCGAGGUGGAUAACGAAGUGGGGAUCGUCAGCAGGUUCACCCCCCACUCGAAGCUGGUCCUCCAGAUGCACGAGGACAGCGGGAGGACGGGAGUCCUGAGGAAGGUCCCAUUCCCAGGGGUGAGGAACGUCUCCGAGAAGUUUCACCUGGAGAGAAUGCCGAUGACGGAGUCCCUGCUGUCGAUCUGGGCGAACAUUCUGCUCCUCGGGAACACCAACAACAGUAACUUGAACGGCAGGAGGCCGGGCUCGGGGAUGCCUGUGAUAGCAGGAGUGGUGAACGCCUCGAUCCUCAGGACCCAGCAGCAGCAGCUGGCGGCUCUGAACGCGGGGCGAACUCUCCUGGAGCACCAGACGAGGCUCCGGCAGGUGCUCAAGUGCCCGUUGUCCCUGAUAACAGCCGAGAAGCUCGAUCAGGACGAGGAGGACGGCAGGGAGGAGACCGAGGGGAGGAUCCUCUUCCAGGAGCUGCUGGUGAGGGCCAUCAAGCCCCAGCCCCUGAAGCCCAUCUUCAAGAGGGACGAGCUCGAGGGGGCGGCCCUCGCCGUCUCCCAGUACCUGGCGGUCGAGCUGCGACAACGAGCUGGUGUCCACAACCCGGGGAUCGUCUCCGAGCCCACGACACCGACGUCGGACUGCUCCCUGGCCUCCCUGUCCUCCAGCCAGAGGAGGCACUGCAGGAGUGGAAAGAAGAUCGUCACCUCUCGACAGGCCUCAAACCCCCUCGUCACCCAGCUCACGGAGAUGGGCUUCCCCAGGAAGAGCGUGGAGUUCGCCAUCAGGAACCUCAGCAUCACAGAGGGCGGCAACAUCACCCCUGAGAACGUCGUCGCCUGGCUCCUGGAGAAGGCUGAAACCGUCUUCGGGGACUCGGAGACUCUCCUGCUGUCCAGCUCAGACGCCGGCUCCGACGACUCCGAGGACUCCUCCAGCGAGGACUGCAACGAGCAGUCCCUAUCUAUCACUGGAGUUACGACACCUGUCAUCCUCCCGGCGUCCUACGACGACGUCCUCACAGCCGCUGCCAACGCCCCCCAGAGCUUCAUGAAGCGCUCAGACUUUCUCUCCUUUGACGAGUACGCCAUGUACGUCAGGGACAACGUCACCGUCGGCAUGCUGGUGAGGUGCUGCAAGAGCUACGAGGAGGUGGAGUACGGGGACAUCGGACAGGUCGUCAAGAUCGACCCCGAGGGGCUGCACGACCUCAACGUCCAGGUGGCCUGGCAGCACAAGGACGGCACUUACUGGGUCAGAUUCAUCCACAUCGAGCUCCUGGGGCACCCGCCCACCCUGCCGACCCCCCCAGCCGCCCUCAAGGUCGGGGACAAGGUCAGGGUGAAGACCUCGGUGACGGUACCCAAGUACAAGUGGGGGUCGGUCAACCACUCGAGCGUGGGAGUGCUGACAGCGAUCAUAAAUAAUGGAAAAGACGUGUCUGUGGACUUUCCCCAGCAGAGCAACUGGACUGGCUGCAUGUCCGAGAUGGAGAGAGUGCCCUCCUGCCACCACGCCGUCACCUGCAACUCCUGCCACCUCUCGCCGAUCUCAGGAGCUCGUCUAAAAUGCAAAAUCUGCGAGAACUACAACCUCUGCGAGAACUGCUUCUACACGAAGAGGUGCCAUCGCCACGGCUUCAACAGGAUUGCCGAGCCGGGCUCGGCUGCUGUGUACGCCGGAAAACCUGGGAGGUACCACUACCGUCAGGACAUCGCCGAGUCGUCGCUGAUCGACGACUGGUCCAAGUGCAUCAGGACAUUGAGCGUCUCCUCGAGGGACAACUGGGCGACGAGGCUCGUCGACGGCUCCGGCAAGUUCUGGCAGAGCUGCGGGCAGAGGGGCAAGCACUGGAUCCGCCUGGACAUGAUGCCCAACAUUCUCAUAGAGUCCUUGAAGAUCACGGUUAAACCGGAGGACGGGAGCUACAUGCCCUCGGUGAUCGCCGUCAACGCGGGGGACUCGUUCAACUCUCUUCUCGAAUUGGCCACCAUCACGGUCAGGAACAGUGACGAGUGUGUGACACUGCUGCAGAACAUGAGGGAGUACUACAGUUGCAUUGAGAUCGCGAUAAAGCAGUGUCGAAAUGGGGGGAUCGACUGCAAGGUCCACGGCCUGCAGAUCCUGGGGAAGAAGAAGCUGUUCGAGAAUCAGUUGGCGACGUCAGUGUCCUUCCUGGCUUCUGACUGGGAGACCGUGCAGGAGCAGAUCUCAGGGGCUCCCCAGAGGGGAAGGGUCGUCGUCGGGGAUGGAUACCCCAGGGUCCACGAGCAGCUUCAGCAGUACUCGGCUGUCUACGUCUGGGGUCUCAACGACAAGGAUCAGCUGGGUGGGCUCAAGGGCUCGAAGAUCAAGCUCCCUGUAUACAGCGACGUUCUAUCCAAGUUGAAGCCCGUUCAGAUAUCUGGGGGAAGCAAAACCCUGUUCAUCGUCACGCAGGAGGGGAAGCUCUACGCCUGCGGCGAGGGCACCAACGGCCGGCUGGGUCUCGGUGACAACAACAACGUUUACGAGCCGAAGCUGAUCCCCUUUCUCAGCCAAUACAUAAUCAAGAAGGUGGCUGUGCACUCGGGGGGGACCCACGCCCUGGCCCUCACGCAGGACAGCAAGGUCUUCUCCUGGGGGGAGGGGGAGGACGGUAAGUUGGGUCACGGGAAUCGACUGUCCCUGGACAAGCCCAGGCUGAUAGAGGCCUUCAAGUCCAAGAGGAUCAGGGACAUUGCCUGCGGCUCAGGGCACUCCGCUGCCAUUUCAAGCAACGGGGAGCUCUACACCUGGGGGCUGGGGGAGUACGGGCGCCUGGGGCACGGGGACACGGCGACGCAGUUGAAACCGAAGCUGGUGGAGGCGCUGGUGGGCCAGAGGGUGGUGCAGAUAGCCUGCGGCAGCAAGGACGCCCAGACUCUGGCCCUCACCGAGGAUGGCUCCGUCUACUCCUGGGGGGACGGCGAUUUCGGCAAGUUGGGGAGGGGUGGGAGUGGGGGGUGCUACACCCCCCUCCUCGUGGAUCGGCUGAACAACCUCGGGGUCGUGCAGAUCGAGUGUGGAGCGCAGUUCUCCCUGGCGCUGACGAAAUACGGGGAGGUCUGGACCUGGGGGAAGGGGGACUACUAUCGCCUGGGGCACGGGAAUGAUCAGCACAUCAGGAGGCCGACCGUCGUGGAGGGCCUGCGGGGGAAGAAGGUGACUCACGUAGCUGUGGGGGCGCUCCACUGUCUCGCGGUGACCGACGCGGGCCAGGUUUACGCAUGGGGGGACAAUGAUCACGGACAACAGGGGAAUGGCACGACAAUCGUCAACAGAAAGCCCUCGUUGGUCCACGGCCUGGAGGACACGAAGAUCAACAGGGUGGCCUGCGGCUCCAGCCACAGUGUCGCUUGGAUCCUCCCGGAUCAGCCUGCCACGAACAACCAGGAGCCUGUGACGUUCUCCAGUGGGAAAGACCCCCUGGGGCAGGCGUCCCUGGGCUUCGGGGACUCCCCGGUGGAGCAGGCGUCAGCGGGGCUCAUCCCGACGAAGAACGUCAGGCCGUCCCUGUCGAACAUCAUUCUCUCCCUCGAGAGUAAUGUCGCCAAGCAGCAGGCGCUGCAGCACGUCAUCAACGCCCUCGACAUCAUCCAGGCGAGGACCGCCAUUGUCAUCGCUCUGAAGAGCCACAACGCCCUGACAGCCGCGGGCUCGACCCUCCUGAGGACAGUUAAGAACCCGUCGCAGCCGGAGACGCCCACUGGGGACCUCUCGAUCGCCACUACCCCCAUGGUGAUGAGUGGAAACCUCACAGGGGUCUACCAGAACGUGGGGGAGAUCGCCCAGGGCGGGGGGGAGGCGCCGGCGGAGGUGGGGAGCCUCCACCAUCACUCCCACAACCACAGCGCCUCUGGGAAGAACAGCCCCCGGGCCAUCUCGUCGUCCAUCACGGGACUCCAGGAGGAGGGGAUCACCCCGGCCAUCACCAGCUACUUUCCCUCGAUGUCGAGCUCGGCCAGUCUCUCCUCCAGGGCCUCCAAGAUGUCCACCAGUGCCGCGGCGAUGAGUGUCAUCGCGGCGACGCUUACCUCUCAUGCCCAGGUCGUCGGGGACGAUCACGAGCCUGAGAGCGGUCUCGACGAGUUCACGUCGACCAUCACCGAGGACGACGCCCGGAUGCUGGUGGAUCUGCUGAAGCUGGCGGUGGCCAAUCGAGUCUGCGAGGGCGCCAAGGAGACCAUCUCCUCGGUGCUCAUCGCCCUGGCCAAGUCCCCCAGGAGCCCCCACACCGUCAGGAACAUGCUGUUGGAGCUGUGCGUCACCGAGCUCGAGGACACAACAGCAAACUCCAACUGCAUGAGCAACGCACCGAAACCGGUGGUCCAGGAGACCCCUCACCCCUACAUCGACGACACUACCCUCACGGGGCACGUCAAGAUCCCCGGGGCCGAGGCCCUCCGCGUCGAGUUCGACAGGCAGUGCUCGACGGAGCGCCGGCACGAUCCCCUGACGAUAAUGGACGGGGCGGGGAGGGUCGUGGCGAUUAAAUCCGGGAGGGAGUGGAGCGAGUGGUCAGCGGAGAUCAGGAUCCAGGGGGACGAGCUCUUCUGGAGGUUCACCUCAGACGGCUCGGUCAACGGCUGGGGCUGGAGGUUCACUGUCCACCCCAUCCUCGCCAUUCUGUCGCCCCACGAGCUGGGCUCAGACCGCGCUGUGCUGUCCCAGCCGUCGAUCGCCCUGGCGGAGUGCCUCCUGGACAACUCUCUGAUCGUCUCCACUGCCGGGAAUUCCGGGGAGAGGAGCAUCGUCUCGAGGCUCGCUGCGAGCCUGGCACAGUGCAGUCAGCUGAGCAUUCUAACUGCUCAGCAGAGGAUGUGGGCCCUGAAGAAGCUGCAGGUGGUCUAUCUCAGCUGCGGCCCGGGGAUCAGGGGUGACACCGCUUUGUCGGCGCUCCUGGGCUCCCUCCCCCAGGCCCUUCUCAAGCAGUACGAGUACGAGGACCCCGCGGUCAGAGGGGGCAAACAGCUGAUGCACAGUGACUUCUUCAAGGUCCUGGUCGGCCUCGCCUGCGACCUGGAGCUCGACACAAUGCCCUGUUGCUCGGAGAUCCACAAGUGGUCCUGGUUCAAGCGGUACUGCCUCGCCGCGAGGGUCGCCAAGGCCCUCGUCAACAGGUCGGCGUUGCCCAAGAGCUUUUGCCUCGACGUCACCAAGAGGAUCAACGAGAUGAUGAGUGCAGAGGGCGAGGGCCACAGCCACGGUAAACCACCCCACGAGAAUCACGAGCUAUUCAAGCGAGAGCACGACGAACAGCUGCUCCUUUGGUUGAACAGGCGACCCGAGGACUGGACCCUCUCCUGGGACGGCUCAGGGGCGAUAUACGGAUGGGGGCACAACCACAGGGGCCAGCUGGGGGGCCUCGAGGGGGCCAAGGUCAAGCUGCCGUCCCCCUGCGAGAGUCUGUCAGCACUGAGGCCCGUUCAGCUCGCGGGAGGGGAGCAAACCCUCUUCGCUGUCACUGCUGAUGGGAAAAUAUACGCCACUGGGUACGGCGCUGUCGGGAGGUUGGGGAUCGGGGGGACGGAUUCGGUGAUGGUGCCGACACUCCUCGAGUCCAUUCAACACGUCUUCAUCAAGAAGAUCGCCGUCAACUCGGGGGGAAAGCACUGUCUCGCCCUCUCGUCGGAGGGCCACGUCUACUCCUGGGGGGAGGGGGACGACGGGAAGCUGGGGCACGGCAACAGGAUGUCGUACGAUCGGCCGAAGCUCGUUGAGGCGCUUCUGGGGACCGAGAUCGUUGAUAUCGCGUGCGGGGGGCAUCACAGUGCUGCCGUCAGCGGCGCUGGGCUGCUGUACACCUGGGGGAAGGGGCGGUAUGGGCGGCUGGGGCACGGGGACAGCGACGAUCAGACGAAACCGAAGAUCGUCGCUGCUCUCCAGGAUUAUAAGGCUGUCGAUGUGGCCUGCGGCAGUGGGGAUGCCCAGACACUGUGCGUCACUGAUGACGAUAACGUGUGGAGCUGGGGGGACGGGGACUACGGGAAGUUGGGGCGAGGGGGGAGCGAUGGGUGCAAGACCCCCAUGAAGAUUGAGUCGCUGGCCGGCCUCGGGGUCGUCAAGGUCGAGUGCGGGAGCCAGUUCUCCGUCGCUCUCACCAGGUCAGGGGCUGUCUACACCUGGGGGAAGGGUGACUACCACCGCCUGGGCCACGGCACGGACGACCACGUGAGAAGACCCAGAAAGGUCGCAGCCCUCCAGGGAAAGAAGAUAAUUUCGAUAGCCACUGGUUCCCUGCACUGCGUCGCCUGCUCCGACAAGGGGGAGGUGUUCACCUGGGGGGACAACGACGAGGGCCAGCUGGGGGACGGCACCACGAGUGCCCUCCAGCGGCCCAGGCUCGUCCACGCCCUCCAAGGGAAGAAGAUCACGAGAGUGGCGUGCGGCAGCGCCCACACCCUCGCAUGGAGCACGACCAAAGCCACCCAGAGUAAACUGCCAGCCUCCACCCCCAUGGAGUACGACCUCGUGAAAGACCUUCCUUUCUCAGCUCUCCACAAUCGCCUGGUGCUCCUGCAUCACUUCGCCGAACUGCUGUGCCCCUCACUAGUCAUGUUCCCGAUAGCUGGCCACAUUGGGCUGAACAAGCUUGCUCCAAUGCUGGUUUACAGCAUCAAGGAGGCCACCUUCAGGAAGGUCGUGCAGGCCACGAUGGUGAGGGACAGACAGCACGGCCCAGUCAUCGAGCUGAACAGGAUUCAGGUGAAGAGGGCGAGGAGCAAGGGCACUGGGCUCGCUGGUCCUGACGGGAUCAAGUCCGUUUUUGGCCAGAUGGUGGCCAAGAUGGCCCUCCUGACCCAGGACGUUCUGUUCCUUCCUCACAGGGUCUGGAAGGUCAAGUUCGUGGGGGAGAGCGUCGACGACUGCGGCGGGGGGUACAGCGAGAGCAUCGCCGAGAUGUGCGAUGAACUCCAGAAUGGCUCACUACCACUGUUCAUACCCACCCCCAACGGCAGGGACGACAGUGGAACCAACAGGGACUGCUUUCUCCUGAAUCCCACUGCCAAGUCCUCCCUGCACAUGAACAUGUUCCAGUUCCUGGGGAUUCUCAUGGGGAUUGCUAUCAGAACUGGGAGCCCAUUGAGCUUGAAUCUGGCUGAACCCGUUUGGAAACAACUGGCGGGGAUUGCUCUGACACCUGGGGAUCUCACGGAGAUCGACAGGGAUUAUGUUCCUGGGCUGCUCUGCAUCAGGGACAUGGAUCCUGAUGAGAAGGUCUUUCAGACCCUUGAGAUGCCCUUCUCCACGCCAUCGGCUGCUGGCCAGGAUGUCCCUCUGUCCAAUAGGUACAGGAAAAUCGCACCUGAGAACAGGCAUGAGUAUGUCAGGCUGGCGCUGAACUACAGGCUUCACGAGUUCGAUGUCCAGGUCAGGGCUGUGAGGGAGGGCAUGGCCAAGGUCAUCCCUGUCCCUCUGCUCGCUUUGUUCAGUGGGGCGGAACUGGAGACCAUGGUCUGUGGGAGUCCCGAUAUUCCUCUGGGGCUGCUCAAGUCGGUGGCCACUUACAAGGGGAUUGAGGCCACUUCGGGGCUCGUCCAGUGGUUCUGGGAGGUCAUGGAGGAGUUCUCCAAUCAGGAGAGGUCUCUGUUCUUGAGGUUCGUGUGGGGGAGGACGAGGCUGCCGAGGACCAUCGCUGAUUUCAGGGGACGGGACUUUGUUCUCCAGGUGAUGGACAAGUACAAUCCCCCCGACCACUUUCUGCCCGAGAGCUACACAUGCUUCUUCCUCCUGAAAAUGCCUCGUUACUCCUGCAAAUCUGUACUCCGGCAAAAACUGAAAUACGCUAUUCACUUCUGCAAGAGCAUCGACACCGACGAAUACGCUAGAGUCCAGCCAGCCACAAAUUCCGACACCGACGAUACGGAUAGUCUCGCGAGCGAGGAGCACACGUCUCUCUAGCUGUAGAUUGAUCUCUAGCCAUUGACAUGUGGAAUAUAAAUGUACAUUCACGUUAUUGCGGCUUUGAAUGUUGAGCACCGCUUGAACUACUCAGACAACCGCAGACUAAAUUUUAUUCCUUUCCGAGGUGAUGGAACAGUAUUCGAGGGAUUGUGUGAUAUACAUCGGCUUCGAAUGGUGCAGAUUUAUUUUUAAGUAUCGAAAAAGUGACACGAGGGAGGUAAUACCAUUUAAUACAAUGAUUGAGUAAUUGAGAAUGUGUACGUGAGGCAUUAUUUACGCUUAUCUCAUAUUUAUUUGUAACAAUAUUGAGGCAGUCUCUGAGAGGGACGAUUGUUAGUGUGACUGAGGUGUUACGAAUGCAAUGAAAUUAACGUAGAAUAUUUUCCACCUGCACACUUGUGACAUUUUGUUCAUACGAGAAUUUUUCUUACGACUGAAAAUACCUAUCUUUAAGUUUGAAUAUUGAAUAUAGCUGUCUGUACCGAUAUUGCGUUUGUUAUCAGUUUUGUGAUUGAUGUGAGAAAUAGUUUGAACGAGUUUAUCGAAUACAAGGAAAGAAACAAUGUUUCAUAAUAUUCGCGCUGAAAUAAUCACCGAUUAUUUAUCAUUAAACGAUGAGUUACUGACACACGA